CUCUCUUCAACUCUUAUUUAUUCGUAGUUUGUACAGUAUAUUACCAUUUAUCCUGAAUUUCAAUUAAAGCCUCUCUCUUCUCUCAAAAGCUGUGCACGUCCGGUUUCUCUCUGCUCAAUUUCUAGCCGUUUUUUUUUUCUUAUCCAUCUUUUAGUUUGUUCAUAGAACAUUCAGUUCAGAUCCGUUACGAACCCGAUUUUCUUACCCUGAAAUCCAAUAUCCUCGACCUGGACUCCCCCUCCUCGUACUCUGUUUCCUUCCUUCUUUGAAUCGUUUCGCAUUUUUCUCGUGCUCUGCAGGUAUACCAGUUUUUUGGUUGCUUUCUUUUAGUCAGUGUAAGUUUCUUUUAUAACAUAAUCCUUUUGCUUGAAUGGAUUGUAAUACUAAAGAAGCUUCUUAAUUCUCGCUUGGGUUUUAGCUUUUUGAUAUUGAAUUUGAGCAGAAUUUGAAAGUGACAAAAAUUGCUCUUUUAAUACCAAAAUUUUGAAAUUUUUUUACUUUUCGCUCACUAGUUUCCUGGAAAAUGCAGCAAAGAGAAUUUUGGCUCUUCUGUCGCUCUCUUUCUCUCUGUUUUAUUCUUAGAAUUAGUGGUUUUUUUUUUCAAAUAUACCCAUUCUUGAUUUCUUGUUCUAAAGCUAAAUUUCUUAUGCUUACCUUAUAAUAGUUAAAUGGGUUUUCUUCACUAUAAACACCUUCUUUUGUUUUUGUUCUAUAGUUGGGGUUCCUUAUCUUUCCUUAUAAAGUUAAAUUCUCUCAGCAACCAAACAUAUUUUUCUUCCUUGGUCAACUUUAGUUGGCUAUUGAUAUGUAUAAUUCAGCUUUUAGAAAGCUUCUUUUCCUCACGGGUUGAUGAUUAAAAACAUGUCAGCUUUGAUCGUUGCAAAUUCUUUAGAAUUAAGGGUUUUACUUCAAUUAUGCUUGUUUCAGGUGAUAUCAGAAUGACUUAACAAGCAGAAGCUUAAUGAUGAGAUAGCAUCGGUCUUGUUUGUUUUUUGCGUUUCAUUUAUUGAGAUCAAUCCAAGUCUCGUGAAUCAGUGAUUGGUUUCUCCAAAGCCAAAAAUUCGCAUUCAACUCAUCCUCAAAAUAUUCGUGGUCAUAAACGAACAGAAUCUUCUAUUAGAAAACCCCAAAUCAAUGUGAAGAGAAUUGGAGCUGAUGAGUUGUUGAUUAGCAAAGUCAACUGCUAUUUUGAGGAUCUGGGUAAAGUUAGCUUAGUUUUGACGAUUGAACUUUGUGGUGGAAAAUGUUGGAGCAUGAGCAGUGUUCUUCUCGCGUGCUGUCGCCGUUCAGGGAGGAAAGCGGCGAUGAAGAGCUUUCAGUUCUUCCGAGACACACAAAAGUUAUUGUUACUGGAAACAAUAGAACAAAGUCUGUAUUGGUUGGUUUGCAAGGCGUGGUCAAGAAGGCUGUGGGCCUUGGUGGUUGGCAUUGGCUGGUUUUGAAGAAUGGGGUUGAAGUUAAGCUGCAGAGGAAUGCAUUGAGUGUGCUGGAACACCCUACAGGAAAUGAAGUAGAUGUUGAUCAUGAUUUUGACAACUCAAGCAGUGGCUCAGACAUUGCUAGUAGCAUUGAGUUCCACCGGCCUGCCAAACCAAGAGUUCGACAUACAAAACCAUGGGUUCCAUCUCCAUCCAUGAAAGCGACUAGUCGUAAUGGUUAUAGAGAUGUUCGAUCCAUUAUUCGUGCACCUCAAUUGGUAAAUUUGGCAAGACUUGACAUCAACUCCUUGCGAAGAUAUUGCAGGCACUUCAAACUUGGAGGCAUCACUGCUUAUUCGUCAAGGGAACAAAUACUUAAUACUGUGCAGAAGCAUUUUGAGUCACAGCCAGCACCGAAUGAGGUACAGGUGAUCUCGGAAUUCAUCUCCGCUGCUAAGAAACUGAAAACUGAUGACACACUGAGUGAGCAACUAUGAAUGUUUUCAACAUUGUAUAAAUUACAUACAUAUUUUAGCUCUAACCUUAGAUUAGAUCUAAUUGGAAGACUAAUAGGAUGAGUUGUCGAUCGACCAGCCUGAUUUCUUCCCCAGAUUCUGACCUUGUAAUAUAGGGCUUGUGUCCUUUGUUAUUUUCUAGUAUAUUUACUAUUCCAAUAGUGCAUAUGUACGCCACCCUUUCAUGAACUUCACUGAAUCUUACUACUGCUGAUAUGUUCUGAAUUUCUUUUGGGUUUCCUUGAUAAUGGUGGCAUGAUGAGAUCUUUCAAAAAUCAAAACAUCGGUGGAAUGAAAAUGAGCCAGGCUCCCAAUUAUGGGCUGAUGCUGGUAGAGAUGCCAGGCUGGCAUUUGGAGUCACGGGUUCUGUGCAACAGUGGGUGAUGGGGAUUGGGGACAUGUUUAUAUUCCCAAGCUGACUCAAAUUCCAAAUCAAGGACUCUGCUAGACUGCCAGUCAAGUGGAUGUGAGACUCGUGAGACUCUGUUUGACCCCUUGAGCCCCAUUUUUUUGGUGAUGGAAUGGCAAUGUC